CGAUAUCAAAUCAUCAUCUACAACAACAACAACAACAACAACAACAAUCAAUGCAUGCAGUUAUGGCGGCUGCAGCGGCUGCUGCAGCCGCUUCAUCACAUCAAACAUCAUUAUCAUCACCACAUGGAAAUGUAUUUCAUGCUGAUGAUGUAAUACUUUCACCACCGGAACCGGCCGAUGUUGAUGAAGCUGACCCGGAAGAUAUGGACGAAGAUUUUGAUUUGAAUGAUGAUUUGUCCUAUGAUGAUAAUGAACAUUCAUCGACACCGCCAACGCCCAAUAUUUCGGAAAAUGGUACACAAUAUUAUCUACGUAUAGAAAAACCAUUGACAAAUUUAACAAAAGAAAGUGGUGAAGAUGUACGAUUAAAAUGUGAAUUCAGUGGUAUACCAAAAUUAAAAGUAUUUUGGUAUAAAAAUGAAGCACCAAUUGAAAUUGAACCAGGAAAGAUAACAACAAAAUCAACAAAAAUACAACCAGAUCGUAUUAGGGCACGUUUGGUUAUCAAACGUUUGGAUACACAUGAUUCUGGCUAUUAUAAAUGUGAAGCCACCAAUGGUUUCAUGACUAUUGAAUCGACCGGUGUAUUAGUGGUGAAAACUUAUAUUGUACAUCAAAAUAAUAAUCUGAAUAAUCCACAAUUUUCAUCAUCCGAUUCGAUUAUGGAAUCCAGUUUUGCCAUUCCAAAUAUUGAUUCAAAAGAAUUAUUAUUAGAUGGUCCAGGCAUGUGUCAACCAUAUCGUGGUUCAGCUUGUUCACAAUUUCUACAGAAUCGUACCAUUUAUGUUCGUAAUGAAUAUUGGCAACAAAUUAUGGAUAAUAAAUUAUUGGCUGCAUUCAAUGUUAUUGUACAUUCACCAGAUGUAUCAUUACAAUGUCAUCGUUAUGCAAUAUCAUCGCUUUGUUUUCAUGUAUUUUCAUUAUGUGAUGAUACAUUUCCACAUCCACAUCCACGAAAGGUCUGUCGUGAUGAAUGUGAAAUGUUGGAGAAUAAUAUUUGUCAUAUGGAAUAUGCAAUCGCCAAAAAACAUCCAUUGAUUGGUCAUCAGGAUAUUUUACCAGAAUGUGAUGAUCUACCAUCGAUUGGUUCUCAUGAAGGUCAACGUUGUGUACGUCUUGGUAUUCCGAAUACAAUGCCAGUAGCUCAUGAUCAUAAUUGUUACAAUGAUCGUGGUCAAUCAUAUCGUGGAACAGCUUCGCAAACACAAUCCGGAGCCAAAUGUUUAUAUUGGAGUCAGCAAAUUUUUUUACGUACAUCUGAAUAUCCUGAACUUACUGGCCAUAAUUAUUGUCGUAAUCCGGGUGGCCGUGAAGAACAGCCAUGGUGUUAUGUACAUGAUUUUCGUAAAGAAUUUUGUGACAUACCCAAAUGUUUUGAUCAAUAUUUAUGGUUUUAUAUAAUUUCACCGGUCGUUUGUGCGUUGAUAUUAUUCAUUGUUUUGGUCUGUGUAUGUUGUAUACGACGACGAAGAAUUGUUGCACGAAGGAAUCGAGCAUUACUUGAAGAUCAUCAUCAUAAACAUACGAUUCUGGCCGGUUCAAAUUCAUUGAAUGGAAAAUUGAAUGGAUUUCUUAAUGGUGGUGGUACCAAUGUUGGCCUAUUAAGUUCAUUCAAUAGUAGUACUGGUGCACCAACUAAAUCAAAUGGUGUAACAACUUCGUUAACAUCGAAUAGUAGCUGUAGUAAUAAUAGUAAUAAUAAUAAUAAUCAAAUGAAUCGAAGUCUCCGUGGAUAUAAUAUUGAACAUGGUGGAAAUAGUGUCGAAAUGAAUGCAUUAUUACCACAAAGUCAUUAUAAUCAAAGUCAACAUAGUCAUCCGAAUACUGGUGAUAUUCAACAUCCAAUUUCAAGUUCAUCAUCAUCAAAUGGAUCUUCAAGUGGUGGUGGUCGUGUCCAUUCUGGCCGAACACCGACUGAAUAUCCAAUGUCUACUAUUCGUUUCAUACAAGAAUUAGGUGAAGGUGCAUUUGGAAAAGUUUAUCGUGGUGAAUUAUUGAUGACCAAUGGUGGUCCAUUGAUUGUACCGAUAGCCAUAAAAACAUUGAAAGAAAAUUCUUCAUUAAAAACUAAACAAGAUUUUCGUCGUGAAGCCGAUUUAAUGGCCGAAUUACAACAUCCAAAUAUUGUUUGUUUGUUGGGUGUUUGUUUUCAAGAAGAACCAAUGUGUAUGCUUUUUGAAUAUAUGAGAAAAGGUGAUCUACAUGAAUAUUUAGUUAUCCAUGGACCUAAUGCACCGGUAACUGAUAUCACUGUUGAUCCAUCGGAAAUAUUGGACAUUUCGGAUUGUCUUCAUAUUGCCACACAAAUUGCAGCUGGUAUGGAAUAUUUAUCUGGACAUCAUUAUGUACAUCGAGAUUUAGCCGCUAGAAAUUGUUUAGUUGGUGAACAUUUGACUGUAAAAAUUUCUGAUUUCGGAUUAUCACGAGAUAUCUAUUCAAGUGAUUAUUAUCGUGUUCAAUCAAAAUCAUUGCUGCCUGUUCGUUGGAUGCCAGCUGAAAGUUGUCUUUAUGGACGUUUCACAACCGAAAGUGAUGUAUGGUCAUUUGGUGUCGUACUUUGGGAAAUAUUCUGUUUCGGUCAACAACCAUAUUCAGGUUAUUCAAAUACAGAAGUAAUCGAAAUGGUUAGAUCACGACAAUUAUUACCAUGUCCAUCUGGUUGUCCACAACAUAUCUAUGCUAUGAUGUUAGAAUGUUGGCAAGAGACACCAAAUCAGCGACCAGCAUUUCAUGAUCUUCACAGUCGUCUUCGUUCAUGGGAAGCUGUACAUGCACGAGAUGGCCGUGAUAAAAUGAACAAUAAUAAUACACAAUCACAAUCGACAAAUCCGAAUUGCCGAUCAGGAUUAGGAUCGGUUAGACAUUACAAUAGUAGUAGUGGUGGUAGCUGUGGUGCUGUCGCCUAUCAAACAACAAUGUUGACAGAUAAUGCGAUACCAUCAUCACCAUUAUUGACGAAUAAUAAACAAUCAUUACCAUUGCCACCACCACCACCACCUCAAGUUCCUCCUCCAUCAACCAAUGGUCAAUUAUCGAUGUUUUCAUCAUCAAAUAAUAAUAAUAAUAAUAAUAUUCGCCCAAAUGCCAAUCUAUUCAAUGGUGGUGGAACCUUUACACCUGCUACCGUCCAAUAUAGUCAACAAGGUGUUUUCCUAAAUGGUGAUCCAAUACAUACUGGCCCACAUCUACAUCAUCAUCAUCAUUUACAGCAACAAUAUCAAUUUAGUUCAGCUAAUUCAGCUAGCUCAAAUUCGAUUGCUGCCCAAGGAUCUGGUUCACGGCCACAAACACCAUCAACAGCUCCACGUGCCAACAAAAUGCCCACAUUAUUGGGACAUUGUUAAAUAGAGUAGCCCCCCCCGCCCCAAAAAAUGAAAAUAUUAUAUGGAUCUUCAUUCAUCCACUAUCUUUCUCCUCAAUGAGCUUAAUUUUUUUCCCUUUUUUUAUUAUUAUU